AGGAAAACUCUGCCUAUUCCCUCUGUAAUGAGAGGUGAUUUCAUGAAAAGUAACCAGUGGAUCACUGUGGACGAGCUCUCCCGAACUCACCCGAGACACCAUCCCGUCGCGGCAUACGAAACCUCGCGCACGGUCGUGGGCUAUCUCAUUGGGGUUCAGGUGACCCGGUAAUACGUCUGGUCCCAUGUGAGCUGGGAACCAGACUAUGUGGUGAACAAUGUCAGAGGGGUGUUUGCCGUUUAGAAUCCUGGCUGCUUCUUUGGCUAUCAAUCCCGAUGCGAACGCUCUAACGGCUGCUCGGGAGUCCGUGUACACCGUAGUGCGUUUUGAGUCCAGUAAUCCGAGAGCUAUAGCAGCCUGUUCCGCCACAUCGACCGAGGAGGUUUUCAGCGAGGCUGCCGAGAGGAGUUCUCCCCUGUCAUUGACUAUGGCUACGGAGAACUUGUUGGCACUGGCGUCUCGCGCCGCGUCAACAAAGGUCUCCGUUUCAGAUAUGUUCUUUAAGAAAGUUAAGCAGAAAUAUCGCUUCAAAGAUGCCGACGAUGCGUGGAUCGCGCGGAGUUCAUUAGCGACGUGUUACGCGGGCGUCUCGCAUCCGGCCCACAUUCUGCGUCACGAAGGCGAGCUUCCGAUCCAGUAGCAUUUCCGGCUCGUAUGCUCGGCUAUCAUAUCUCGCCGCCGUUGCCACGCGCAGUGAGUGUGUGUCGGUCGGCAUGUACGUACUUGGCUGUACUAAACACUCCGCAGGCGCGGCAUUUCCAGAAGCGUUCUCCGCAUCGUCCUGCAAGAAUGUGCACAGCCUGAAGACCUAUCUCUUCGUCAAACAGAUAUCGAUGCAAGACUCCGUUGAUGGAAACGGAUCCGCGUCUAUUCGAUGCCGAGAUCUGUGAUGUUUCAAUGGGGGUUAACCUGAAGGACGACCUGAAGUGAUUCGACCUGAAGGAUCCAGUGCUUCUGUGACGAGUGGCGCUACCGGGACCAAAGGAUUACCGACAAAAAAAGAAAAAAGUGAGUGCCGUGCUUUUAAACAUGAAAGAGGUUGUUAUUAUCCGGUGAAAACGGUGAAGUUUUCCGGUGGUGGUUCUAUUUAACGAAUGCAACGUACAGUGCGUUGAUACCUUCGUAUAGCCUCGAGAAGCUGUCGACGUCAUCCGUGUCAUCCAUGGAUUUUGUUGUUGUGGUUGUUGACUGCGGAGUGUUGCUACAUAAACUGUAAAGUGGAGACCAUCAUUCACUACGAUGCGCCUAACGGCUGUUAUGCGGUACCACAAGGUUCAACUGCAAUUGCGCAGCCAAAAAAUGUCAUCAGAGUACCACGACGUGCGAUAAAUUAAACAGCUAGAAUAAAUGCCUCACCCCGUAAUCAUGGCACUAAAGAAGUUUGCCCUUCUGAAGGCCUGCUUGGUCACUCUCGCACUGUGCACCGUUUACGUCACUCAUCGAGCGGUCACCCACAGACCUCUGGUAGUGCUUCUCUGGACCACGUGGUGCGGAAAGGAGGACUACCCGUACUUCAAGGAGGACGUCGUCGAUCCGACGUGUCCGCACGCCUGCAUCUUCACCCGCGAACGCGACUACCUCUACUCGAGCCACGCCUUGCUCUUCCACGGCAAGGACAUUCGACUGGACGACAUGCCUUCGCGACGAUCCGCUGAUCAGAGCUGGAUCUUCUUCAGCCUCGAACCUCCAACGGCGACGCCCGUGCACGUGCUCCGAAAGCUGGACGGGCUGUUCAACGUCACCAUGACGUACCGCGCCGACUCCGACGUGACGACGCGCUACGGAUACACCUUUCGGGCCAGAACGAAGAGGAAGAAGCUCCGGCACGGAAAGCGGUCCUCCGGGGGCUCCAGGACGGGCCCCGAGCUUCCGAAGACCCAGGAGGGGCGGAAGGCCAUAGCCGUCUGGAUGGUCUCCCACUGCGACACCGACAGCAGGCGGGAGACGUACGUCGAGCGCCUCCGCGACGUCAUAGGGGUGGACGUGUUCGGCAAGUGCGGCGACCUGGUGUGCCAGCCCAAGGCUUCGGACGCGUGCCUCAGGGAGGCGGCGCGCAACUACAGCUUCUACCUGUCGUUCGAGAACUCCAUCUGCCGCGACUACGUCACGGAGAAGUUCUACCGGCCGCUGCUGUUCGACAUCGUGCCGGUGGUGAUGGGCGGGGCCAACUACUCGAGUCUGGCGCCGCCGGGCUCCUACGUCGACGCGCUCGAGUUCGAGUCCCCCGAGAGGCUCGGCGAGUACCUGGCCCAGGUGGCCCGCAGGCCCGACUGGUACGACUCGUACUUCCUCUGGAAGGAACACUCGGAGCUCAAGUACGAGAACGCCGCCUGCAAGCUCUGCUCGAAGCUGCACGAGGACGUGGCCUCCGGGCGAAGGUUUACGUACCGCCGGUUCCUCGAGUGGUUCCUCGAAGACGCGCACUGCUCGAACUGGGAGCAGGUCCUCUCCUGACCCCACGUAACACGGCGUCGUCAGUUACGGCCCGGCAGUGUGUAUGGCCUGCGUCCCGAAUGACACAUCCACAUCCUCUCACGACGGUGGCCCAAGUGCCACGACUUAAGCUCCAGUGGAACGACGCUGUAGUGGCAUGGUCGAUCGUCUCUUGGCGGCGGACCACGCAACCAAGCUGCGAGCCGAGUUGUACGGCCGAAAUGGAACAACGCAUCCCGUUUAGGCAGUGAACCUUUACCCACACCCAGUGUCGUACAUUCCGUAUACUAUUCGGCCGUAUUACUUACAGGACGCCGUGCUUCUCGUUCCACGGCCAAGAAAGGAUAUACUGUGCCAAUUCGUGUCGCGUAUAGCUUGAGUCUUAUACGCUCGUGUUCAUACAUGGGUCCUGAUUGAAGUUCACGUUUGAAGUUGUCUAAAUGACGUCCGGCGUAAGUGUGGCUGCGACUCCCGUCGCGAUUCCUUCGGCGCGUUCACGCCAGGCGUCCUUGAGGCCAAGUCAAUCAGGUUAGGAUACAUAUGUGAGUACGGGGGUUAGUCUUGGAACUCAGGGCGCAGCCAAGAGAGCGUGUAACCGAAUAACCCACCUUAUACUUUUCUGUACGUAUAGCCGCACCAGAUCGAUUUGUUCUUUGCUAAGCGCGCGUUGCACGUACACCUCAAGCCAUACGACUAAUAGGACCUGAACACGUGUUACGGAUUGAGUGUUCUGACGGAUCUCGUCUCCUUGGCACGUAUACGUAUAUAUAGGUGGUACAUACAGCUACCAAUCGGGUGGUGCGGCCCCAAUGGCACUGCUUACCUUCUUUGGACUGUCCCAUUGACUUGGGCGCCCUUAUGUCAAAAGAGCACUCAGAAGGUAACGAGAACGCUCGCCUGCGAUUUGCGCGCGAAGCCGAGCAAGAAGCCGAGCGACAAGCCGAGCACGAAGUCGAGCCAAUCGGUGUUGCUCCAAUCGGAGCAACUCUGAUUGGAGGACAGGGCUCCCGAGUUGCUCUUUGAAGACACGUGCUGUUCGAACUGUGGUCGAUCCCUCGUUCGACUGUCUGCGAAGGUGUGAAUACCACCGGUUUGAUUAGAGAUCUGAGACGCGCCGCGUACCACGUGAUGCGCGGGUAGAGUAUCCCGCUUCGCAUAUACAACAAUUUACUGAUCGCCUCCUUGAGAAAUGGAGAAUGAAGGGUUUAUGUGGCGGUUUACGCAAGUCCGUGACGCCUACCUUGCGUCGAAGAAGGCGUCCUUUAAUACAGUCCAAAGCGGAGUGCGAGAAAACGCCUGGAAUUCUUUAAAAGAAAUAACAAAUAAAAGAUCCUAAGCUUCCGAACCAA